UAAAAAGCACAUUCUGCAGUAAAGAUUUUUGUGGGUUCAGAUGUUUCUGAAGUGUGUAAUACCCAGGCUUCUAAGCCUCCGAGUCCAUUAGUCUGAAAGAGGCAGCUAAACAGGUUUGACUUUGACAAGCGGGGCGUGUAAUGUGGGAGUCGGCACACCAGCGCACGGGGGGCGUAUCUGCACAAGGAAACUUCAAACUUCCAUAGUGUCUAACGUGCGCUGAUAAAGGCUUUUAAAGGCUGAAAGUGGUGCUGUCUGCAGCUCAGAUCCAAACUCAAGGGCCUCCCGGACACUCUCCAGUACUUAAACCUCCUGAAGUUUCCAUUUUCACAAAUUGCCGUGUCAGCAUGGAGCUUUUCGGGACUCUGCUUCUAACCGCGAUCGUCCUGGGUUUGCUCUAUAUGUUUUUACUGAAAGACUCUUUUCGUCACGCGAAGAUGCCGCCCGGUCCGACCCCGCUUCCAGUCAUCGGUAACCUGCUGCAAGUAAAUGGCAAAACUCCUUUUAAGAGUUUUUUAAAGCUCAGUGACACGUAUGGACCCGUAAUGACGGUGCAUUUGGGAGGACAUCGCGCUGUGGUUCUGGUCGGAUACGAAGCAGUGCAGGAGGCUCUGAUGCAGCACGCCGACGUUUUCUCUGGCAGAGCGCAGUUUCCACUGCUUGUAAGGCUUCUGAGAGGUUUCGGGCUGGUUCUCAGUAAUGGGGAACGGUGGAAACAGCUUCGACGUUUUACUCUGACUACAUUGCGAGAUUUUGGCAUGGGGAAACGCAGCAUCGAAGAAUGGAUUCAGGAGGAAGCGCGACAUCUAACUGAGGAAUUCCGAAAAAAUACCAGCUCGCCCUGCGAUCCCACCUUCUUCCUGAGUCGUGCAGUAUCAAAUGUUAUCUGCUCCAUUGUGUUUGGGCAACGCUUUGAGUACCAGGAUAAAAGAUUUGUCCAUCUGCUGAAACUUAUUAAUGAAAAUAUACGAUUGAUCAGUAGCCCUUCUGGACAGUUAUACAAUUUGUUUCCAAGUAUGAUGAAUAUUCUACCUGGGACUUACAACAUGCUACGGAAGAAUGUGACAGAAAUUGAUGAAUUUGUCACUGAGAUGAUCAAAGGUCACAAAGAAACAUUGAGCGAUGAUGACCCACGGGAUUAUAUUGACGCCUUCCUUAUCAAGAUGAAACAGGAAAAUGGCAGUCCUGCCACAGAAUUUCACCAAGACAACCUGCAAGCGACAGUUUUAAAUCUGUUUCUGGCUGGAACUGAGACCACAAGCACUACACUGAGAUAUGGAUUACUGAUCCUAAUGAAGUACCCACAUAUCCAAGAGAAGAUACAUCAGGAGAUUGAUGCAGUGAUUGGUCGUGAUCAUACACCUGCCAUGGAGCAUCGCAAAAAGAUGCCCUUCACGGAUGCAGUAGUCCAUGAAAUUCAGAGGUUCAUUGACAUUGCUCCAAUGAAUGUACCCCAUAUGACCACACGGAACACUUCAUUCAGGGGCUACAGCAUCCCAGCGGGUACAUUGGUGAUUCCUUUACUGCACUCUGUGCUUUUUGAUAAAACACAAUGGGAGUCACCACAGUCCUUCAAUCCUGGACAUUUUCUGGAUAAGGAUGGAUGCUUCAAAAUGAACCCAGCAUUUAUGCCAUUUUCUACUGGGAAGCGUUCCUGUGCAGGUGAGGGUCUGGCCCGGAUGGAGCUCUUCCUGUUUUUCUCGACUCUUCUACAAAACUUCUCAUUUCAUUUCCCUGAGGAUCCUGAAACUAUCAGCCUCCUGCCUGGUGCCAGUUCUUUUCUAAAACUUCCAAAAGGUUAUAAAUUUGUUGUCAGUCCCCGUUAACUUAACGGGAGAAUGUGAGUAAAUGUGAGCUAUAAUUGUUGAUUCUGGAAGACAAUUUGAUGCUAAUUCUGUUUUUACCGUGAGGUUUCAUUUAAAAAGAUUAAAUCCAUACUUUAGUCUUGGAGCUUUGCAGUUUUACAAAAAUAUAAUUUAGAUGAAUACAUGGUUAUUUACUUAAUGGGGAUAUUCAGUUGAGAAUGGGAGGGGUUAGAAAAACAUUAUUGUGAAAAGUUAGGAACAUAAGAACCAAGGACAGUACAAUAAUUUAACUGACCACAAAAGUAUGAUAACAUAUAUGAUGUGUCCUCUGUGUGCCUGGAUACCUGGAAUUGAAAAACUCUGUGUAUUUUUUUUCUUAUGUGGACUUGAACAUUCCUGUAAUUCAGUGGUCUCAAACUCCAAUCCUGGAGGGCCGCUGUGGCUGCAGGUUUUC